CUGGUGUCACAGCGCCCUGCGCCGCCGGCUAAGCCAGACGCGCGCUCCAAGGGCGCACCGGGCGGCAGGAGACGACCGGGCGGCACCUCGGGCUCGGGGAGAGAGGUCGGUCCUCGGGCUCUUGGCUGGAGCUCAGCGGCGGAGGGGAGCCGGGCAGCCUGCUGGGCGAUGGCCCCGGAGCCGGGGGAAGCCGCUGCCCGGCUGUGGCUACCGGCGGCGCUGCUGCUGCUGUGGCUGGCGAAGGGCGCGCGGGGCUUCGGCGACGAAGACGAGCCCCGCUGCGAUGCCAUCCGCAUCUCCAUGUGCCAGAACUUGGGCUACAACCUCACCAAGAUGCCCAACUUGGUCGGGCACGCGUGGCAAGCGGACGCCGAGCUGCAGCUGACCACCUUCACCCCGCUCAUUCAGUACGGCUGCUCCAGCCAGCUGCAGUUUUUCCUUUGUUCCGUCUACGUCCCCAUGUGCACGGAGAAGAUUAAUAUUCCAAUAGGUCCCUGUGGUGGCAUGUGUCUCUCUGUCAAACGCCGAUGCGAGCCAGUCCUGAAGGAAUUUGGCUUCUCCUGGCCUGAAAGCUUGAACUGCAGCAAAUUCCCACCCCAGAAUGACCACAACCACAUGUGUAUGGAAGGUCCCGGAGACGAAGAGGUGCCCCUUCACAGUAAGACAUCCUCACAUCCUGGAGAAGAGUGCCAUAUUGUGGGAUCUAAUCCAGAUCAGUAUAUUUGGGUGAAAAGAAGCUCAAACUGCGUGCUGAAGUGUGGUUAUGAUGCCGGCCUCUAUAUUAGGUAUUAUAAGCAGUUUGCUGAUAUCUGGAUGGCCGUGUGGGCCAGCCUGUGCUUCAUAUCCACCGCCUUCACGGUCCUGACCUUUCUGAUUGAUUCCUCUCGGUUUUCCUACCCUGAGCGCCCCAUCAUAUUUUUGAGCAUGUGCUACAAUAUUUAUAGCAUUGCUUAUAUUGUCCGGCUGACUGUAGGCCGGGAGAGGAUUUCCUGUGAUUUUGAAGAGGCGGCAGAACCUGUCCUUAUCCAAGAGGGCCUCAAGAACACAGGAUGUGCUAUAAUUUUCUUGCUGAUGUACUUUUUUGGGAUGGCUAGCUCCAUCUGGUGGGUGAUUCUGACUCUGACAUGGUUUCUGGCAGCAGGACUCAAAUGGGGUCACGAGGCCAUAGAGAUGCACAGCUCUUAUUUCCAUAUUGCAGCCUGGGCGAUCCCUGCGGUGAAGACCAUCGUCAUCUUGAUUAUGAGGCUGGUGGACGCGGACGAGCUGACCGGACUCUGUUACGUUGGCAACCAGAACUUAGAUGCACUGACGGGCUUUGUGGUGGCCCCACUUUUCACCUACUUAGUCAUUGGGACUCUCUUCAUAGCAGCCGGCUUGGUGGCUUUAUUUAAAAUCCGGUCUAACCUUCAAAAGGACGGGACAAAGACUGACAAGUUGGAGAGGCUGAUGGUGAAAAUCGGCGUCUUUUCGGUGCUGUACACCGUCCCGGCCACCUGCGUCAUUGCUUGCUACUUCUACGAAAUCUCUAACUGGACUAACUUCCGCUACUCGGCAGACUACGCCAACGUGGUGGUGGAAAUGUUUAAGAUCCUUGUGUCCCUGGUAGUGGGCAUCACGUCAGGCAUGUGGAUCUGGUCUGCCAAAACGCUGCACACCUGGCAGAAGUGCUCCAACAGACUGGUGAACUCAGGGAGGGUGAAACGUGGGGAGAAAAGAGCAGAUGGUUGGGUGAAACCAGGGAAAGGGAACGAGACGGUGGUAUAAAACCAGCAGUGGUUGCAGGCGGGCUUGGUGUCUCCUUCUCUCCCCAUCCCCAGCUACCCCCCAGAGUUGGUUACACAUAAGUGUCUAUAGCAGGAAUGAUGUGAUGGGUUACGUCGUGCUGGGAAGCCGCUUCUGUGUUUCUGCAGAAUGGUCGGGGAGGGGGAGGGGGACGAAAGGCCUUAACGAAUCAGCAAUGCAGACCCAUGUGCUGCAAACUGUAGCUGAUCGCUUCUGGAAAAGAAACCAGAGCCUGCUGUGGCUUUAAAAAGCUGUGAACAGAAUUGGAACCUCUCGGACUUCUAGCAGGAAGCAGCGUCCUUGUGCCUCUGGGAGUCCUCGAACUCUGCCCCACGAUGCGCCUUCGCGCUCUCCCGCGCUCACACCCCACCCAACCGUCGUAUUUUUAGCUGUGUCUUUUAGAGCAGCGAAGGAAAGAAUUCUGAGGGCAAAUCUCUCUGCUGACUGAGGAACCUGUUCUUGUGGGCUGUGAGGCUGGCUGUCUUCAGGGGCGUUGGAUAGAGGCCCUGGGAUCCUCUUACAGUGCUGCGCCACCUUAGAGGAUUGGAGCCUGAUGGUCAGUAUUAAAUUUAUCUUCUGGUGCCUGCCCUGUUGACAGCGUGCUGGCGGGAGUCGAACCUCUCCAGCUGCCGGAAUGUUUAGAUUUCUGUACAAACCACCCGGAGGCUCCAUGAGCAGAAGCUGCUAGACAAGUAUAACAAUGCAACAAAAUGCAGCCUAAGGGAUAAAAUCAGUGGCUUUCAAAAACUUGUGGGACACAAAUCUCCCCUUGUGAGAAAUUUUUGCUUUAAGGCAGAUGUGGGCAAACUUGGCCCUCCAGCUGUUGUUGAACUGCAACUCCCAUCACCCCCAACCAUAACUGAUUGUGACUGGGGAAGAUGGGAGUUGUAGUUCAGGAACAGCUGGAAGGCCAAGUUUGCCCACCCCUGCUUUAAGGAGACAGUUGCUUUGCUCAGCCAGAAUCCUAAUGACUCUCUAGUUUAGGCUGUCGAGAUAUUAAACUUUAAAGUCAUUGUAAGAGCUCCUGACUAACGAAGCACCGGUACUUCUGAAAUGUUCAGCUAACUCAGCUCCACUGUUGGCUUAGUGGUGGGGGCAAAUCCUUCCCCUUGGAAGUCCUCUGUGCCACCUGAAAAUACGUCCCUGAGGAUCACACAGCCCUCAGGGGCUUCUUCUUGGGUGACACAGAGGGCUUCCGGUGGUGGGGGAGGUUGUUGAAACUCUCACACGCUCUAGGACCAAUGCAGUGCUAGUCUGGAACCCUUCAGAAGCACUGGUGCUACACCAGAGCUUCAUUCAUUAGGAUGUCAGCCAUUGGCUCUAUAGCUGUGCCAUCAUGUGCUCCUUUGUCUCUAUGUAUCUCAUACAGAGCCCCUAGUGAGAGAGGGUAUAAAUUGAGAAGAUAGCCCUUACUUGAGGCAGUCUGAUAAACUGAGCCAUUUAUUUACGAAGGGCUGCAAUGAAAGUAAAUACACCCAGGGUUGAACUAAUUAUGAGAAAUAAAUAAAUAAAUAAAUAAAUAAAUAAAUAAAUAAAUAAAUAAAAUUUUAAAGGGUGAUUUAGCUUUUAUAUCUCAACCGAAGACAUAGUAUCCAUUCGCCUGCGGGCAUGUAUGUGCUUUUUACACAUGCUAAACUGUGCACAUUUGCACAGAACUGAUCUAUCACACUUAAAAAACAAACUACCCUAUGUGAUACAGCCUUGGUUGGACUGUACCAUUUCAAACAGCAACUUGGAAAUUGAAUAUUUAAAUGUUCCCCUGUUCGUGCAAAACACACCUGCUUGCAUGUACUAGCACAAUAGGGAGAGCAUUCGGUUAGAUUCUUUCUCCAUGUACAAAUCUUCUAAGUGCAGGGAUUUUAUUUACACACAAGAAGAUUCAGCAUACAAACUCCCACUUGCUGUCCAGACUAGUAUAGCCUUGAUGGAAUAGUUCCACUCUGCAACUCUGAAUGUGUAGGUCAACUCUUGAGGGAUGCAGUUCAUAUCCCCUGAAGCAAGUAGGAAUGUUUGCCAUUGAUUUCGAUGGGAAUUGUAUAGCACCGUCUACUGGGAAAGUUAUGUGCCUUCUUGCACACUCUUUCUUUGUUUCAGUGUGGCUUUGUGCAAGUGAGCGUCAUGGCUGAUUGUGCCACUAUCUUAUCAGGAAAAGAAAAAAUUGGAAACUGAAACCCAACCUUCGCUUACAGUCAGAUCCCAUCUCUUGCCCCCACCUCCCUCCAUACCCAUACAAUUCUUGACGUCUUUGGCCUUCUCCCCUGCUUGGGCUUGUGACUCUUAUUUUCCAGACUCCUCCCACUGACUACGUAUUUUCCAGCCUCAAUAAUGUCUAAAAAAGCCCACCUUUUAUUUUUAUAGUCCUCCUUCUGUCUGCAGCAUGUGGCUAAUGAGGAAAAGUGAAUGGAGGGUCACUUCUGACAAUUGGCUUAUUCAGAGCCUUUUUCUCGCCCGCCUCCACUCUUCUCCCCCCCUCCAUCCCUCCAAGUAAACUUAUCUGGCUUUCCCCAGAGACCCAUUGCAUUAAGCAAUUAAGGCUUAAUAUAUUUCACUCUGUUUGAUUGCAUCUGUGUCGACGCCAGUCUGGGUGAACUGAAAUGUUAAGUUCCUUGGCAGCUUUGCAUUCACACAGAUCAGUUGCAUAAUUUGUGUGUCAAUUACAAUUAAAAGGACAUUCUCCAGCCAUGAGAUACGGGUACAGCUGACUCCCUCCAAACCAAGAGGAGAGUGCUUUUUUGUCUUUAUCAGUGGAGGAAUUUGAGUGUACACUUUUUUUGGUCUCUUGCUAAAAUCAGGACCUUUUCCUUCCCCCUUUAAAGGAUUCCAAGAGAAUUAGCCACUUGAUGAGUAAUGGCUGUUUUAAGAGAGAAUGGCCAAGUUUAGUGGAGUGUUAGCCUGCAACGGCCAGAAUCUGAGUUAACUUCUGCAAUUAAGUCGCUCAGAGGUCUGUAGGAGAAUGGUGUUUUAAAUGGGACUUGUAAGUAUACCUAAUUGCCUUGGGAUUUUGCUUUAACCGAUAUGCCUUAUGUUCUUUGUGUGGGGCUUGAGUUCAGAGUGCUAGGGCAUGUUCCCAUAGGCUUCCCUGCCCCCUAUGGUGUGUGCUUGCAACCCCUGUCACCUUUGUGCAGCCCUCACUGAUCCCCUGCAUGUGUGGUGUUAUGGGUGGCACACUUCAUGUUGGAGAAAGGGUACCACUGGUGUGUGCAUAUGCCCAGCUGAACUGGGAGCAUGGAAAGCAUUCUUCUCUUCCUUGCUGGAUUUUCUCCGGUCCUAUCAGAUUGGUGAUAGUAGAAGAGUGGGCAGCAGCAUCUGUCACCCUCACCCCCCACCUCAAAAAGUAUUAAAGUGGCUCUUUUAAGUGGUCUUCUUGACCACCAAAUCUAUACGUAUGAAGGGUCACUGUUGUGAUGUGCCUCUUGAAAGAUGCCCAAGUACUGUUGGCUUGCAGUUUCUCUCUUUUCCCAGCUUCAGAGUCUUUGCACCAGAGCAACCAGUUCCUCAGAGCUCCCUGGGGCUCCUAAAUUAGCAGUAAUGACACUUUUCUAGAAUUAGUGUUCAGUGUUAACUUCCUCCAGGAUAAAUGGGGAGGUGGGAGGGAUUUCUGCCCCCACAGGCAUUGAAGCAGAAGAGAAGCUCAGGGAAGCCUGAGGAAGAUCUGGGAUGUCAAGUUGCAAACAAGCAAAUUUACCUCCGAAUGUGCUUGAAUGAAACUUUGGGUAAAGAGCCCAUCUGCAUAACCACUCAGCUCCUGGUUGGCUGCUCGGGCUUCUUGCCCUGACUCAACCACACUUGUGACAAAUCUACAGAAGCACAGACUAUGAUCUUCCUUGCUGUUGCUCUGGCUACCUUUUUAGAUAGCCUGUUGGCUUAUAGCCUUCUUCAGACAUGCCCCCCAAAAGGGAUGCUGUGCUUAGGUACAGUAUCUCGAGAGCAUGCUGCCAAACCCUGCCUCAAAGCUGACGUUCUGAGAAGAAGCCUCCUACCAAGAACCAUGCUUCCAGUGUCUGAAGAGGCCAACACUGGAAGUGUGAUGGCAGCUGUGAGGUGCCCCUGCCUUCCACUCACAGAAACGGCCAUGCCAUCAUGCUUCAGACAAACUCUGCAAGGAAAGCAUGACUGAAAGAGCCAUCAUGGUGCAUUAGCACUUUCAGCUUGGGACGUGUUGUACGCAAGAACAGCAUCCCCUUUUGCAUGUCAUUAAAACUCAUGAAGGACAGCUCUAUCAAUGGCUACUAGUCUGGUGUGGUGACUAGUCAGCUUCACAGGCAAGAUGCCUCUGAAUAUCGGGUGUAGUGGAGCAAAAGCAAGAGAGAAGGCGCACCCUCACCUUUUGCCAUUGGGUUUUCCAGAGGCAUCUGGUGGGCCACUGUCUGAAACAGGAUGCUGGACUGGAUAGGCCUUGGGCCUGAUCCAGCAGGGCUGUUCUUAUGUUCUUAUAGACAAAUCAGACUGCCAGGGUGAAAUGGCCCCAACUAUGGAAUAUCCACACAGCUUGGAAAUGCCAUGCUGCUGUUGCUUUUAUUUUGCUCUUGCCUGUAAGGAUCAAUUUAGGCAUGAUGUGUGCCACCAGGAAAAAAGCCCUGGCUUGUAUAGGAAUACCACAUGGGUUGUGUCCUGUUGAUAAAGUUCUUUUCCACAAAGGUGCAUAGCAAUUGCAUACCAGUGUUCUCUGGCCAAGGAGACAGCCAUACUGACGUGCAGUUGGUGCCAAUGGACUGGUACAGAGGCCAAGUGGUCACCUUGGCAGUGUAACCAGAAUGACUUGUUCCCAGAAUUCCUUGCAGUGUUGCAUCCUGCUUGACAUUGCAAGGGAUGCGGCUGGCACACCUUUCUGAUGGCCCUGAAAUAUUCUUGACCCAACAGCUGGAGGUGCUUAUUGACCUGGCUCUGAAUAAGUCUGAUCUACACAGUUGAAUGAGGUGGUAGAGUAGACUGUACAGGAGAACCUUGUUAAUUGCAGACCUGACAUCUGCGGGUUCAUGUAUCUGUGGCUCAGUAUACAUGGGGGGGAAAUGGCAAAAAAAAGGGUUCAAUUUCGCGUAUCCAUGGGUCAGGGUGGGUGGGCAGAAAUGACCUCUGACAUAAUUUCCACCCACCAUUUUGUGUAAGGGAACCAUUUUCUGGUUUGUUUUUGUUUGUUUUCAUUCUUGGAAAAAACUUAAAAUUGCAGCAUUCUGGGAGCGUUGCUGGACAGCUCAGGACAGACUAACCAUGGCAGGGCACUUCUGUGUUUUUUGUGCCAUUUAACCAGUUUUUCCCACUUUUUUUUAACCUCCAGGAAUCUCUCUCACAAUCCCAUAGUCAUAAUUACUCGGAAUUCGCGGUUUCCUUAUCUGCGGUAAUUGUGGCGAACCCCCGCAAAUACUGAGUUUCUCCUGUACUAUUUUAGGCUACAGAUGGGGGCAGUAUGAUGAAUACCCCACUCAUGUAAAAACAAAUCCCUAUAAGUAAAAAUUUGGCAUUGUGGGGAGGGUUUCUGGCCCAGCUCAUUCCCUAUGGUGCUAGUUUUCUAUCUGUUGGGUGUUUUCCAUAGGGAAGCUUUAAAAAAAUAUAUUAAAGUUAUGCCCCCAGCAAUCUGAAGUGGAACAGUCCGUAAUUCUCUGACCUCAGAUCUGGUCUAUGCAUGUAGCAGAGUGAGGUGGUAGAAUUCUGAGGUAGACUGUACCACUCCAGGUGACAGGUUGGGUUUGCAAAUUUUGACUGUUUUUCCAUGUUAAACGAAAGAAAGAAAACAGCAUGCAAAUUUAAAAAGUAGAAAUGCUCAGACAUUGGGGGAGCGGUUCUAACCCAACCUGCUCCUUGCUGUGCUAGUGUCCUAGUUCUAGGAGUGUGUGGGUGUAACACGGGAGCAUUCAAAAAUGGUCUCCCAUCUGCAUUCUGCAAUAGGACCUCUGUUCUCCCACCUCAGAAUCCUACUACCUCAUUUUGCUGCUUGUCUAGACCCAGGCCUAGCAAUCUAGGAGGAAAUUGCUAGAUUGGGGGGGUUAUGGCUUGCAUUUCCUCCUUUAUUUAAAAUGUGGCUCAUCCUGUGUCCAAAGUGAAGUUACUGUGACUGAAGCACCUUUUAAAAUUUCCUUUCCCUUUCCCUUUACAAAUUUCCCUUCCAUUCCGGAGUGAUUCGCACCACUUAUGCCCUCCCUUACUGCCAGGAUAGUAAUUGUUUUAAAAUAGGUGUGUGUUUUUUUAAACCCUGUGACACAUAGGUACAUGUUUGUUACUUAUGUUAAGGACAAUAUUACUUCAUCUCUGAAAGAUUUUAAGGUAAAUGGACACUGAUGUUUGUUUGUUGAUGUACAGAAAAAAUAUCUACAUCUAUUGUAAAUUUCUAAUUUAUCAUUGUAAAAAAAAACCCUUUGCUAUUUAAUUUUUGUAUCAAAAUAAAUUUUUGUUUUAUUAAAGUGUCA